AAAAAAUGCUUGCACUUCAUGAUAAAAUAGGGAAAAGGAGAUCCUUGCUCGUCAUCAUCAUCCAUCUUGCCUUGCUCACUCACCGAUAGGUGAAUAGCAUCUAAACAGCUUGGCAAAUGAUGAUGCUUCAACGUAGUGCAAAUGUCGCCUUUCGAGGUUUAUCAGUGUCGAGAGUUGUGCAGAGAAAUACUGUCAAUCUGACGCCGCUCUCGAGACGAUUCAACACCACAGAUGCCACCGUUCCUCCACCACAAUUCAACACUCCUUCUCCAAAGCCUUCCAAACCUGUUGCUGAACCCGUAGCACCAGCCACACCGGUCACGCCAGCCACUCCGGUCAAGGUCGAACUCAACAGCGCACCCCCACCACCUCCACCAUCUGCGCCUUCCCCCAAGAAGAAGAGAGGAUUCUUUGGAAAGGCGAAGUUGGUUUUGGGAUAUGGUUCUUUGGCUUUCUUGGUUGCCGCUGGAUACUUUAUCUAUGAAGCAAACCAUCCUCCUGCCGAGCAAUUACCCUUUGAUCCAAGCAAAAAGACUUUGGUAAUCCUGGGAAGUGGUUGGGGAGCAACAGCUUUGAUUGACAGCAUCGAUACGCAAGACUACAAUGUGGUUGUUAUCAGUCCAUACAACUACUUCUUGUUCACACCUCUUUUGCCUUCAGUCACUGUCGGAACCUUGAACGGUCGCUCAAUCACCCAACCUACUCGUCAUAUUGUCCGUUACAAGGAUCGGGAAGUCCAACUUCUCGAAGCAGAAGCUACAAAAGUUGACCCAAAGAGCAAGACUGUCACCUUUGAAGACAAGAGUGAUAUGUAUGGAAGUAUCGGAACUGUGCAAAUCCCUUAUGACUACUUGGUGUAUGCGGUCGGAAGUCAAAACCAAACAUUCGGUAUCGAAGGUGUAAAGAAACAUGGUCUCUUCCUCAAAGAGCUAAGUGAUGCCGAAUCAAUCAGGAGAAGAUUGAUGGAUUGCGUCGAGAAAGCUUCUCUCCUCGGUCAGUCAGAAGAAGAAAUCGAUCGUCUCUUACACUUUGUCGUAGUAGGUGGUGGUCCAACUGGUGUAGAAGCAAGCAGUGAAUUCCGUGAUUUCGUUCGGGAUGAUUUGUCAAAAUGGUACCCAGCAGUAUCAGGUCGUGUCCGCGUCACCUUGAUCGAAGCACUACCCAACAUUCUUCCUUCCUUCUCCAAGAACCUCGUCGAAUUCACCGAACACGUCUUCAAAGAGAAUGAAAUUCAAAUCUUGACAAAGCACAUGGUAAAAGACGUUGACGAGAAAUCCGUCACUGUUCAAGAUCCAACCGGCAAAAUUGUCAACAUCCCAACCGGAAUGCUGGUUUGGGCAGCGGGAAACACAGCCAGACCACUCACUCGUGAUCUUCAGGAACAGCUAAAAGACGAACAAACAAACCGUCGUGGCUUGUUAGUCGAUGACAACCUCCGCCUAUUAGGCGCCGAAGAAAGCAUCUUUGCAAUCGGAGAUGCAGCAGCAACCAAUGCUCCACCAACCGCCCAAGUUGCCAAUCAACAAGGUCGUUAUUUAGCCGGAAUCUUUGAAAGUUUAGCCAGAAUCGACAGAGUAGAAGCAAAGCUAAUCAAAACCCGUCAACAACCUGAAUCUCCAGAAAAAACAGCCGAAAUCAGCAGACUUGAACGUAAACUAGAAAGAACAAAGGCAACCCUAAAACCUUUCCACUACACCAAUCGUGGUGCAAUGGCUUACAUCGGUACCGAACAGGCCAUCUUGGACUUGCCAUACGGAAGCGUUCAACUUUCUUCCGGUGGCUUCCUUACCGGAUUGGCAUGGAGUAGUGCUUAUUGGAGCAUGCUCUUCGGUAUCCGUUGUCGUGCUUCUGUGGCGCUAGAUUGGCUUCAUGUCCGUAUCUUCGGUCGAUCAAUCGAAGCUUUGCGUUGAGAUCAUAGAUGCAUGUACUAAUGAAUGAUAUUUAUAUAAGAUCACAUUCU